AUGGCUGAGGAUGGUUUGCCUAAAAUUUAUUCUCAUCCUCCAACAGAAAGCAGUAAAACACCAACUGAAGCAACCAUUUUCUUUGGGGCCGACAACACUAUUCCUAGAUCAGAAACAACAAUUACUUCAGAAGGAGACCACAUUACUUCAGUAAAUGACUACACGCUAGAAAGUGAUUUUUCAACAACUACAGUCAACAAACUUACACCAACUAAGGAAGGAUUCAUAUCAGAAGAUGAUGUUGAGACCCAAACUAAGUCAACGACUCAUCUGGAGAAAGAAGUUACUACUCUGACAGGCACUACACACUCCAUAGCUAAGGAUUCUAUUACUGAAAAUUUCAUUCCAGUAAAAAUUGGGACUAUUUCAUCCCCAGUCGCUACAGUUUCUUUAAUAGAUUUUUCCACCAGCAAGGCAAAAGAAGAUAUUAUCUUGGCUACCAUUGACACAGAGGGUGAAGAUACCUCCACAACUGCCCAAGCCUCCGGCACACUAGAGGACAACACCACCAGUGUUGCUGACACCCCUAAAAUUGAAGUUAGUAAUUCUAAUUCCUCAAUCAAAUCCAAGAUUCCCUCUGAUGGGGAUGUCCCAGUCACUGAUUCCUUUAUUCCUGAAGACGAAAUCUCUCCAUCUACUGAAAAAAACUUCACCACCAUUCCAGACAUAAAUGACCUUGCAGAAGAGAACAUAACUGAAAUUGACCUCAUUGUUUCAGAGGAUGACCCCAAUGCUAUUACUAAAGUCACUGACUCUGAUGAGGAAAAGUUUAUUACUGUGUUUGAACUGACUACCUCUGCUGAAAAAGACAAAGACAAUCCAGAAGAUGUUCUAACUGAUGAAGAGUCUACUGAUGAAGUCAAUGUUUGGAUAGAGAGAGACAUUGCAAAUGAAGCAGAGACCCAUUCUGUUUUGCUUACUGCUGUUGAAUCCAGAUAUGACUUCAUUGUGCCUGCAUCAGCUGCUAUGAACUUUUUGGAAGAAUCGGCUACUAACAAAACAGAAGAUACAGAUGAAAAUAAUACAGAGGAAUCUGUCAAGGUCACUGAGUCAUUUUCUGGAACUACCACUGAACUAGAUACCCCAGACAACAAAGAAGACACCUCUUCAGAUGAAACGGGUAUCUUUAAACUACUAAAAGAAGAUCCAGAUGAGUUCCUGAUUUAA